AUGUACUUCUCCAAGAUCGCCGUUCUCUUCGCCCUCGCCGCCACCGGCCUCUCUGCCCCUGUCGACGCGGUCGAUAAGCGUCAGGCCAAGAUCCUGACCGUCCAGGACUAUUCUCAAUUCCAGGUCUCUGACGGCACUGGCGGCAAGGCUCUUGCUGAGGUUGCUCAGAAGUUCCCCGUCGACCAGAUCAAGGCCAAUCUCGCGGGAGUGAGCAAAGACGACCUGGCCAUCCUUCAGGCCGCCCGCGUCGCCGCCGAAAGCGCCGAGACGGACGCUGGAGGCUUCAACGACGCCAUCGCCAAGGCUUCGGGAGCCGACGCCGACGCCCUCAAGGUUGGCAAGAUCAAGAACAAGGUCCUCAAGCUCCAGCUCGAGGUUCUGGGUCUUCAGGUCCAGCAGGCUCAGGGCGCCUCCAACCAGGCCAAGAUUGACGCCGAGCAGAAGAAGCUGGACAACAACAUCAAGCUCGACACGGCCGCCGCCGGCAAGGCGAGCAAGAGUGUCACCAUCAAUGCCACCUCCCAGCCCAAGGGCGGCAAGAUCUAA